AGUUGCAGGCAUCCUUAAUACGCCUUCCUUAACACGCCCUUCUUUGGGGAGUCCUGAAACUUGGCGCUGGGGAAGGAAGUUUUCAAAGUCACAGCAGCAGCUUUGGAGAAGAGGAGCAAGGGGAGUAUGUUUGGGAACUUCCAUUCUGUGUCUGUUUUUGUGUUGUGUGGGUUAGUGGAUUUUUAGUACAAAGAAAACUCAAACUCAGCUGACCUGAAAGACUGGAAUUUCAGCUCUCCUUCUGGGAUGAUUUUCCUCCUCCUUCCUCUGAAAGCUCUUUAAACCAGAUUACCAGGUCAGUGACUUCUCCCGCCUGCCACUUCCAAAGGUCUCUAGCUUUUUGGCUUGGACAGGAAACCCACUACCUAAUUAGAAAAGCACUUGGGAAGCACAUUAAUCUUGCCGGCGUUGUCAGGAGUGAUCAGCGAGUUUUAUUAAAAGCCUGGGAUUGCCUGAAAGGCCUCCUUGUCUGAGUAUGAAUGGAAAGGGCAUGGUGAGAUCUCCAGGACAGCCGUUGGGACCCCUGGCCUCGCCCCCUGGACUACGAGCUGACACUCCCCGAGGAAGCACAGCAGCCGUGCUUUGCUGAAGGGAUUUCAGAUUUCACCUGUGGACAUCGAGCUGCGGACAGAGCGAGCUGCCCUGGCAGCAUGACCUCUCUAGGCUGCUCUGGGCCCAAGGUCCCACUGCUCCUGCUCCUGCUGUGCAUCGACCCUGCCAGCCUCACCUUCAUCAGCACCAACCUUGGCCUGAGGGUGAUGAAAGGCAGUUUUGCCUUCCUGUCCGAAGACCACCUGAAGUUUGCCAUCCCCAAAGAGAAGGAUGCCUGCAGGGUGGAAGUGGUGAUGAAUGAGCCCAUAACCCAGAGGGUGGGGAAGCUCACUCCGCAGGUCUUUGACUGCCAUUUCCUUCCCAAUGAAGUUAAGUAUGUUCACAAUGGUUGCCCAAUUCUCGAAGAAGACAGCGUGAAGCUUAGACUUUACAGAUUUACUGAAACAGACACAUUCAUGGAGACCUUUCUCCUGAGGGUCUAUCUCCUGGAACCAGAUUGUAACAUCAUCCGUCUCAGCAGCAAUGUGCUGGAGGUGACUGAAUUCUAUGGGCUGUCCCAAGUCAUUGAUAAGAACCUGCUCCGAUUUGAUUAUGAUAGAACAGCCAGCCUAGAGUGUAUCAUCAGACUGGACCCAGUGAAAACUCAGUUGCCAGCUCAUGGCCAACUGGUCGUGGUAGAAUCUCAGCCAGAAGGACCUCGUGGAGAUCAGCCACAUAGCUUUUUUCCUGAAUCUCAUCUGGGAGUACAACCCAAGUGUCCCCAUGGAAACUGUGCCCUGGGACUGAAGAAAGUAGGAAGUCUCAAAGUAAGCUGUGAACAGUUCCUGUUGAUGGGGCUCCGCUACCAACACAUGCGUCCCCCUUCGCCCAACAUUGAUUAUAUCCCCAUCCAACUGGACCUCAUGGAUAGCAGGAGUAAAAUCAUAUACAAGUCAGAGAGUGCGUGGUUGCCUGUCUCUAUCAGAGCUGGCAUUCCCAACCAGAUCCCGAGGGCUGCUUUCAUGGCCAUGUUUAUUCUGGAAGUGGAUCAGUUCAUCCUGACCUCCCUGACUACCUCAGUUGUGGACUGUGAGGAGGACGAGACCCCCAAGCCCUUGCUGGUGUUCAACAUCACUAAAGCCCCGCUCCAGGGCUACAUGACUCACCUGCUGGAUCACACCAGACCCAUCUCCUCAUUCACCUGGAAGGACCUCAGUGACAUGCAGAUUGCCUAUCAGCCACCAAACAGCAGCCAUUCAGAGAGGAGACAUUACAAGAUGGAGCUGGAGGUGUAUGAUUUCCUCUUUGAGAGGAGUGCUCCCAUCACAGUCCACAUAUCCAUCAGAACAGCAGACACGAACGCACCCCGGGUGUCCUGGAAUACAGGUCUGAAUCUCCUGGAAGGGCAGUCUCGGGCCAUCACUUGGGAACAGUUUCAGAUCGUUGACAAUGAUGAUAUUGGUGCUGUGCAGCUGGUCAUUGUUGGUGGCCUGCAGCAUGGACGACUUACAGUAAGAGAGGGGAAAGGGUUUCUCUUCACCGUGGCUGACAUUCAGGCUGGAGUUGUUCGCUAUCAUCAUGAUGACAGUGACUCCACCAGAGACUCUGUGCUCUUCAGGAUAUUUGAUGGCCAGCACAGCACCCGUCACAAGUUUCCUAUCAACAUCUUGCCUAAAGAUGAUAGCCCCCCAUUCCUCAUAACCAAUGUUGUGAUUGAGCUGGAAGAGGGGCAGACUAUCUUGAUUCGGGGGUCCAUGCUGAGAGCCUCAGACAUGGACUCCAGUGAUGACUACAUCUUCUUUAAUAUCACAAAGUCCCCACAGGCUGGGGAGAUCAUGAAGAAGCCAGGGCCAGGACUGAUAGGCUAUCCUGUCCCUGGCUUCCUUCAGAGAGACUUGUUUAAUGGCAUCAUUUACUAUCGUCACUUUGGUGGAGAAAUCUUUGAAGAUUCUUUUGAAUUUGUUCUGUGGGACAGCCACGAACCCCCAAAUCUCUCAGUGCCACAGGUGGCGACGAUCCACAUCACUCCAGUGGGCGACCAGCCUCCAAAAGAAGCUCCUGGAGUUUCUCGGCAUUUGGUUGUCAAGGAAACAGAAGUGGCUUACAUAACUAAGAAGCACCUACAUUUCCUUGAUACCGAAUCAUGCGAAGGGGAACUGCUCUACACAGUAACAAGUCCUCCGUUUUUCUCCUUCAGCCACAGACACUUGGAUGCUGGGAAGUUAUUCAUGGUGGACAGCAUAUCAAAGCUAGCCAAAAAUCCUACAGCCUUGGGGCUGAUGUCAUUUACUCAGCAUGCCGUGAACCAUAUGAAAGUGGCCUACAUGCCGCCCAUGCAAGAUAUAGGUCCCAGUCCCCAACAUGUGCAGUUCACACUUUCUGUCAGCAACCAACAUGGAGGCGCUUUGCAGGGAAUCUGCUUCAAUGUUACAAUUCUCCCAGUGGACAAUCAAGUUCCUGAGGUACUCACCAACACUCUGAGAGUGGCCGAGGGAGGUCAAUGCAUCAUCAGCACCGAGCAUAUUCUGGUUUCUGACAAGGAUACCCCACUGGACAGUGUCUGUCUUUCUCUGCAAAGGCUGCCUUUGCAUGGCAGGAUAGAGCUGAAUGGAUUUCAUCUAAACACAGGAGGCACAUUCUCUUGGGGAGAACUUCGAACCUUAAAAGUUAGGUAUCAACAUGAUGGAUCUGAGGGUCUUCAAGAUGGCAUAUACUUGGAGGUCACAGAUGGCACAAAUUCGGUAGAAUUUGUUCUACAUAUCGAGAUAUUCCCCAUAAAUGAUGAGCCACCCAUCCUAAAGGCUGACCUCAUUCCCAUGAUGCACUGCUCCGAGGGUGGCGAGGUGAUCAUCACCCCCCAAUACAUUUUUGCUACUGAUUUGGACAGUGAUGAUUUGAAACUGAUGUUUCUGAUUGUUCGAGAACCUCUGCAUGGAGUGGUGAGAAAGGCAGGAAUCAUCGUGGACAGGUUCUCUCAGGAAGAUGUUACCUCAGGGGCUGUGGCUUACAAACACACAGGUGGUGAGAUUGGUCAGGUGCCUUGUUUUGACAGCAUUAAAUUGGUGGUUUCGGAUGGUGAAGCUGGGCCUUCGGUAAAUGGCUGUUGCUACAAUGGACCUGAUACAUAUGCUCCUCUUCAUGAGUCCUUCCCAGUAUAUGAGCUCAACAUCACAGUCCAUCCAGUCGACAAUCAACCACCUUCAAUUGCAAUAGGUACGGUGUUCAUGGUGGAUGAGGGCUUCUCGGCUGCCCUUACUACUAACCAUUUGUCUGCUACCGACCCUGACACCGCCACAGAUGACUUGGAAUUCAUUUUGGUUUCUCCUCCCCAGUUUGGCUACCUUGAAAACACACUACCUUCUGCAGGUUUUGAGAAAAGCAAUGUGGGCAUAAGCAUAGCUUCGUUUCAGUGGAAAGAUAUGAAUGCUUUACAUAUUAACUACGUGCAGUCCAGGCACCAGAGGAUGGAGCCAACUGCCGACCAGUUCGUAGUGUAUGCCACAGAUGGGAAGCAACGUUCCUUGGAUACACCAUUUUAUGUUGUGAUCAACCCCACAAAUGAUGAAGUUCCUGACUUUGUAGUACAGAAUAUUACCGUGUGUGAGGGUCAGAUGGCAGAGCUGGAUUCCUCUAUUAUCAUUGCUGCUGACAGGGAUGUUCCCAAGGACCCCUUGGUCUUCAGCAUCACUCACAAACCCCAUCACGGCAUCCUCAUCAACACAGCGAUCUGCAAAGACUCUCCUCAGAGCAAACAGCUAGCUCGUCCUGACCAGAAACAUGAAGUUCACAACUUCUCCAUGGAACUUCUCAAGACUGGAAUGAAGUUGGUUUAUGUUCACGAUGACUCGGAGAGUCCUGCUGAUGUCUUUGUAAUCCAGUUGUCAGAUGGAAAACAUAAAAUACUCAAAACGAUUUCAGUAAAUAUCACCCCAGUUAAUGAUGAGAAACCAAGACUAAGGAAGAAGGCUGAAAUCUCAAUGAAUAUGGGUGAUACGCGUAUUCUGUCUAGUGCUGUUCUUUCAGCCACAGAUAAAGACACAACCAGGGAGAAGAUUUAUUACUUAUUUGAAAGACUUCCCCAAAAUGGGCAGCUUCAGCUUAAGGUAGGGAGGGACUGGGUCCCUCUCUCCACUGGCAUGAAGUGCACCCAAGAGGACGUGGAUCUAAACUUGCUGAGAUACACGCACCUGGGCACGAUGGAUUCCCAGGAUCGAGACAGCUUCACCUUCUACCUCUGGGAUGGUGACAACAGAUCACCAGCAUUUGACUGUCACAUCAUCAUCGAAGACAUGGGAAAAGGAGAGAUUGUCAUUCAUGCAAAACCACUUGUGGUAUCCAAAGGCAACAGAGGUGUCUUGACAACUACCACUCUUCUGGCUGUGGAUGGGACAGACAAACCCGAGGAACUGCUCUACAUUAUCACCACUCCACCUCAGUAUGGCCAGGUGGAGUAUGUCCGCUACCCUGGAGUGCCCAUUACCAGCUUCAGCCAGAUGGACAUAGCAGGACAGACAGUCUGCUACAUGCACAGGAGCAAGGCAGCAGUCCCCAGUGACCGCUUCAGAUUUACCAUCAGCAAUGGGCUACAGACCCAGCACGGGGUGUUUGAGAUCACACUGGAGACUGUGGACAGAGCCUUGCCUGUGGUGACCAGGAACAAAGGACUGAGGCUGGCCCAAGGAGCUGUGGGCCUGCUUUCCUCUGACCUCCUUCAGCUGACUGACCCUGACACACCUGCAGAGAAUCUGACCUUCUUUCUGACCCAGCUCCCAAGCCAUGGGCACCUCUGCCUUCGAGGGAAACUACUUCAACACAGUUUCACCCAGCAUGAUGUGGACAGCAGGGGCGUGACUUAUCAGCACUCAGGAGGCCGAUCCCAGGUCGACUGCUUUACUUUUGUGGCCACAGACAGGACAAACCAAGGCUUUGUUGUAGAUGGAAAAGUGUGGGAAGAGCCUGUGCGGUUCACCAUCCAGGUAGACCAGUUGGACAAAACAGUGCCCCAGAUCACACACCUGCGUUCCCCUUCUCAAGUGGGGCUUCUGAAAAAUGGUUGCUAUGGCAUUUAUAUCACUUCCCAAGUGCUGAAGGCUUCAGACCCUGACACGGAGGAUGACCAGAUCAUCUUUAAAAUUUUACGAGGCCCACUGCAUGGACAUCUACAGAAUACAACAACAGGUGAACGUAUCCAUGAUAAAUUUUGUCAGAAGGACUUAAACAGUAAGACCAUUCUUUACAUCAUAAGCCCGUCUUUGCAAGUAAAUUCUGAUAUCUUGGAAUUUCAGAUCAUGGACCCCACAGGGAAUGCUGCCACUCCUCAAAUUUUGGAACUGAGGUGGUCUCAUAUCGAAUGGUCCCAGACUGAAUAUGAGGUCUGUGAAAAUGUGGGCUUAUUACCCUUGGAAGUUACCAGAAGGGGAUAUUCCAUGGACUCAGCCUUCGUGGGUGUAGAGGUCAACCAAGUGUCAGCUACAGUUGGAAAAGAUUUCACUGUAACUCCAUCGAAACUGAUUCAGUUUGAUCCAGGAAUGUCAACUAAGAUGUGGAAUAUAGCAAUUACCUAUGACGGAUUAGAGGAAGACGAUGAGGUCUUUGAAGUAAUUCUGAACUCCCCUGUGAAUGCGGUUCUUGGCACAAAGACAAAAGCCGCAGUGAAAAUUUUGGACUCAAAAGGAGGACAGUGCCAUCCUUCAAAUUCCUUCAACCAAAGCAAGCACAGCACCUGGGAGAAGGGCUCUUGGCAUCCACUGCCCUCAGGGUCAUCCUCACCCACCACUGCUGGCUCUCCUCAUCUGGAAAGAAGGCCCCCUCCAUCUUCCAGGCAGCUGGUCAUCACCAAAGGAGACACCCUGUGGGGCAUUGAUUCUACAGAGCUCUCUCAAAGGAGGCUUAGGACCCAUGGGAACGGCAAAGCAGUUCAUCCAUUCUCUGUUUUUAGAAAUGGAACAGACAUCAUCUAUAAUUAUCACGGGAUGGUCUCCUUGAAACUAGAGGGUGAUAGUUUCUCGGCUCACAAAAGGAAGGCCAAAAUGCCCAUCAUCAGCCAGCCACAUGAGACAAUCAGGGAGGCAGAACUGCCUCAAGCAGAUAAGGUGGAAUCCACAGCCAACUCACACUUUCCCAGACAGGGUCAGCGACCCCUGUUUCCAAAGAACUGCUCUGUGGAAUUAAAGGGACUCUUUCAUUUUGAAGAAAGCAUCCAUAAAUUAUAUCAAUGUGAUGGAAUUGCCUGGAAAGCCUGGAGCCCCCAGACCAAGGGGCUGGGGGACAAGUCCUGCCCAUCCGGAUGGCACCUUCACUUGGGCUACUGUCACACCUUGAUCACACGGGAGAAAGGCACCUGGGCCACAGCCACUCGAGCUUGCAGGGAACAGCACCAGGGCAACCUUGUAACGGUGUUCUCCAGGCAGCAUAUGCGGUGGCUGUGGGAAAUGGGUGGAAGAAAGCCCUUCUGGAUAGGUUUAAAGAACCAAGUGCACUCUGGCCACUGGGAGUGGAUUGGGGGUGAACCUGUCUCAUUCACCAACUGGAAGAAAGGGGCCCCCCAACGUUCAAAGCCUGGAAAGAACUGUGUUUUGGUUCAAAAACGAGGAAAAUGGCAACUAAAAAACUGUAACAAGGGCAAAGCUCACAAUUUUGUGUGCUCAAGGAAACUCUAAAUGUAACCUGAGACUUCUCACGUAUUUAUUUACAAGAUUUAUGAAUGUUGCUCAGUAGAAAACACAUUGUUGUGACGACCUGGGAACACAUUUGUGAUUCUAUCAGGUAAAAGUGGGAUCUAGAUUAGUAGUUCCAGGAAGAUUGGUAGGUGAAUAAUCCUUACAAAGUGAGAUAUAAUUUCUGUAUCUCAAUACUUUCCUAAAUAAAUGCCUGCAGCAUUGUAAGGUCUAAGAUUUGUUAUUCCCGAAGAAUCAUACUCUUUCUCAGGCCAACUCUCAGGCAGUACCAGUUUCCAUGGUCCUUGGAUUUUUUUGUGUGUUGUUCCUGUUACCUCUAAUGAGUCAGUUCAGAAAUAAUAGUAUUGCAGGUGCUCCUACCACUGAGUUUAAGUGAAGUUAACUCCACUGAUGAACCAAGGUUGAAUGCCGACAGUUGGUUUAUACCUUUGCACGCCUUUAAAUGUGAAAUCUAAAAUUGGAGGCUGUGGGUAGACAGGAGAGCUCUCUCUAGAUGAAAGAAUCCUGUAGAUAGACUGCAUAGGUCUAGUUCAGGUGAGAGUCCAGGGACCCACCUGUCCUUGACAGACUACAACUCAUGAAGCAUAACUUAUGUUCCAACAUGAAUGUGGCAUUGCUGUGCUAAUAACUGGGUUCCCCUCCCUUCCAGUGUCAUAUGAGGUCUGAACUAGCGAUAUCUUCAUCUACAUUUGCUCUACUGACUAGUGUUUUUCAUAGGCAUUUGGGGUAAUGGAAAAUAAAUCCUGCUUUCUCGGCAGCAUCCCCAUAAACUACACUGAAUAAAGAAAAAUAAUACUGAAAACAGAAUCCCUGAAAACCCUCAGUCUCAAAACGGAUUUUGAUAUGACUUUGAGCCUUUAAGUCUUUAAAAUUUGCAGAAACACUAUGCUAGCUAGAUUCUGUAAUGGAAAGGUAUCUUAGUAAUUUUAUAAGCUCAGUUGCAUAACACAUUUUCAUAGCAAUGAAGCAUGCUGUAUCUCUCUCAACAAUCCCUUCUGGAAUCAAGGUUUAAUUAUAGGAAAUUAGUACUUCAUUUUUUAAAAGCUUAUUAAAAAUUUUCCUCUUCUCAUAAGCACCAAAAAAUACAGUUGUGCCAAAUGUAGCUUGUUAUAUGAGCACCAAUGUAACUUUAGAAUUAAAAUGAGGUUUUCAAGUAGACUAGAACUUUGGGGCAGACUUUAAAAAAAUAAUAAUACCUUGAGUGUUAUAGACACUAAAAGUGACUUAAGAAAGUUUUUUCAGUUUCUGAAUAUAAAACAUGACAGGCUUGCUUCAUUUCUGCUCGUUUAUCAAAGUUUUGGUUAAUAGAAAAUUUUACCUAGAGCAGUUAGGAUAAGACUCAGACAUUCUGUCUCUUAUUUAAAUCUUAGUGUAAUCCACAGUCAGGCACUCUUGCUUCACAGGUCUGGGGUAGGUUAUAGACAGUACAAUGCAUGGGCCUGUGAAAUAUAAGCAUCCUUCAGUAUUUAGACAAAACAUGCCAAACCCUUCCUCCACUCUGGCUCCAGCCAAGUUCCGCAUAAUCCACUGGUUUCUGUGCUGUGCAUGGGUGAGUGGGCUUCAGAGUAAAGGAAAGAAAGUGAAGUCCUAGAAGGAAAGUACAAGUUCAGAAAGUCAGGCAUUUACCCUAAAACUGUAUAACCUGCUUAUUGCUGAAAAUAUAGACCUAUACCAACCGUGCACAACUAGGUUGGCAUGGUAGAUUCAUUACAUUUUUCUGCAAUAAAAAUGGCAUAACUGUAAUUACAGUGUUUGGCAUAAUGGUUCCAUUUUUAUAACAAUUAGACUAUUUCAAAAUAUUCCUGAUCGUGAAUGCAUUAAUCAAAUUGAAAAAUCAGGUCUAGGUAAUUGAAAGAACAUACAAAUUCAGGCAGUCUUGAUGCUGGGCAUGACAUGACUGUCACAGUUGGGUAGGAAGGGUUGGGGGUGAGGGCAGCUAGGAAGAAGAGCAUCAGGAGGUAAGGCCUUACAGUCCCCCAACUUCUCCUCCAACUUGAAUACCUACUCAGGAAUUCCUCCGUAUGCAAGCACAUGCAUGCAGCUCCAUUGUGUAUGACUUUGCAGAAGCUUCUGAAUUUUAGUCUUCAAAAAACACAUAAUAUAUGCUUAUUAAAGAUAAAUCUUUAAGUCUAGUGUGGUAAUCAUUUCCUUUUCUUCCCAGGAGUGGUAAAAACAAACUGGGUAACAUUUAUUCAUAUUUCUAGUUUUUCUAGUUUUUGUUUAUUUUUAAUACAGCCAAAAUAUGCACAUAUUUGAUGAAUUCUGUGAUUCUAUGUAAUUUCAACCACCAGCUGGUGCUAAUUUCUGCAACAAAGUGGCAUCCUAAAUGUACUGUAUCUAGCAUUGUGUCAAAAUUAAUAAAAUAAACAUUUCUAGUUUUCAGA